UCGAAGAUCGAAGUGCUAGGGUUUAGAUUGCUUGCUUUUCGUCUUGGUCUCCGGCGAAGAGACCUUGUCCUCUUCUCUAGGGUUUUGGCGGAUGCCUGAGGUUUCCUCGGGAGAUCCAGCCGCCAGAAUCCAUGGCUGGUUCUCGUUCUCAGGUGAACAAGGCUCACAAGAGCCGUUUUGCGUCCAAAGCUUCUCGCCAUGUCCACAGGACGUCGGGGUCUGAUAAGAAUCGGAUCGCGAAGCCCGACCAUCGGAAUUCCGUGAAGGGUGGGCGAGCUGCUCGAGUGCAGCGUAGCAAGAUGGCGCGUGAUCAGAAACGGGCUGCGCUUUUAAAGGAGAGAAGAGCCCAGGGUGGAUCAUUGAGCUCUCCUCGUGUUAUUGUUCUUUUUGGUCUAUCCUCAUGUGUGAACUUAAAUCUGUUUUCGAGGGAUUUUCUGCACCUAUUGUCAGGAGGUGAAGCGGAUGGUACUUCAAAUACAGUUGCAUUGCCCGGGUGCAAGCUUAGAGCAACGGUUUACACAGCGCCUUAUGGGGACCUUCUCUCUUGCAUGGAAUUGUGCAAGGUUGCUGAUCUUGUUGCAUUUGUAGUCUCAUCCAACUCUUUCAUAGAUGGAUGUGAAGCAGGCAAUCCAAUUGACCCAUUUGGAACUCAAUGCCUAUCUGUAUUCAGAGCCAUUGGAUUGCCUAGUACUGCAGUAUUCAUUCAGGACCUUCCCAAUGAUGUGAAAAGGAAACAAGAUUUGAAGAAGACGAUCAUCUCUUGUCUUGCUUCUGAAUUGCCAGAGGAGUGUAAAUUCUAUCCAGCAGAUACGAAGGAGGAGCUGCAUAAGUUCAUGUGGCUGUUUAAGGAGCAGCACCUUUCAGCUCCACAUUGGCGAAGCCAGCGAUCUUAUCUGAUGUCCCAACAGGUGGUUCUGGAGCCUGAUGAUAGCAAUCCAGGACAGUGUACUUUGCUUAUGUCUGGCUAUGUUCAGGCUCACAGUCUUUCUGUGAAUCAGCUGGUUCAUGUUUCAGGUGCCGGAGAUUUUCAGUUAAGCAAGAUAGAUAUCCUGAAGGAUCCAUUUCCUACUAAUGGAAAAAAGGAUCACAAUGCCAUGGAUUCAGAUGAUAAAAUUGGUCUGCAGGCUAUACAUACUUUACUUCCAGACCCAUUGAGCCAUGAGCCUUUACUUGUUGAAAAUGCACCAGAUCCACUUGCUGGAGAGCAGACAUGGCCAACUGAAGCAGAGAUAGCUGAAGCUGAUGCAAAUAGCAACAGACACAAGUUAAAAAAGAAGAAACUGCCACGUGGCACCUCAGACUACCAGGCUGCUUGGAUCGUUGAUGACACAGAUGAUGAAGUUUCUGAUGAUGCUGAUGAUGGUGACGGUAUGGUGUUGGAUGAGCAACAAAAAGAUCAUACUGUGCUAGAGGGAUCUGAUUAUUCAGAUGUUGAUGAAGGCUCACAUGAUAUGGUUGAAGAAACAGAGAUUGGUGAAGAAAUGGAUGAUGAUGAGAAAUUGACAAAGGAGCAAAUUGAAGCAGAAAUCAAGAAGAUUAAGGAUGCAAAUGCUGAGGAUGAAGAAUUCCCCGAUGAGGUAGAUACACCAUUGGAUGUGCCAGCUAAAAAGCGGUUUGCCAAAUACAGAGGGCUUAAAUCUUUUAGGACAUCGUCGUGGGAUCCUAAAGAAUCUUUGCCUCCUGAAUAUGCAAGAAUUUUUGCAUUUGAUAAUUUUACAAGGACCCAGAAGCAUGUUCUUGCAAAACUUAAAGAUGAAGGGAACAUAAAUGAGUAUGCUUCCGUUGGGUCGUUUGUGAGGCUUCACAUCAAGAAUGUGCCUGUGGAUGUUGCCUCUAAAGCAUGUGUCCAGUCACAAAAAUUGCCUGUGGUGGCUUAUAGCUUGCUUCAACAUGAAUCCAAGAUGUCUGUCCUUCACUUCAGCAUCAGAAAACAUGAUUCAUAUGAACAACCUAUCAAAUCAAAAGAUACACUAAUAUUCCAUGUUGGGUUUCGCAAGUUCCUUGCAAGGCCAGUAUUUUCCUCUGAUAAUAUUAACUGUGAUAAGCACAAGAUGGAGAGAUUUUUACACGAGGGGCGCUUUUCGAUAGCCUCUGUUUAUGCUCCUAUUUGUUAUCCUCCCCUUCCUUUGAUUGUUAUGCGGUGUGCUCACGGAGAGGCACCUACGGUUGUCGCCACUGGUUCAUUGAAAAGUGUAGAUCCCGACAGGAUAGUUCUGAAGAAAAUCAUUUUAACUGGUUAUCCUCAAAGAGUAUCAAAACUGAAAGCCAUUGUGCGGUUUAUGUUUCACAACCCCGAGGACGUUAGAUGGUUCAAGCCAGUGGAUGUUUGGACCAAACUUGGUCGUCGUGGCCGCAUAAAGGAACCUGUUGGUACUCAUGGGGCCACGAAAUGUGUUUUCAAUGGUGUUAUCCAACAGCACGACACAGUUUGCAUGAGCUUGUACAAGCGCGCCUACCCAAAGUGGCCGGAGCGGUUGUACGCGGUAUGAGAUAACAAGUAAUGCCGCAAACACUAUUGAGGCCCGUUUUCCCAGCCGGGAAAAUGUUCGCCUCUUGGGAGUGAAGCUUUGGUUCCGACGACAUUCGUUUUGCAUCUGCUGCCUAGCAGAGAGUGGUGGCUUGAGCUUAUGUCCUCAGCAUUUUCUCAAGUCAAUUUUUGAGAAAGUUCUUACUUUCUGUGUCAAAAGAGGCACAUAACUUAUUUUGGUUAUGUAUGUGCUUUUGCUAUAUAUCUUACCGUUGCCUUGUGCUGUGUAUUCUGGUUCAUCUAACAAACAUAUUAUUAUAUAUAUUAUAUAUAAUGGGUUUUGUGUU